AUGGAGGCUUUAUGGAGUGAUCCUUGUGAUGGUGGUGGGCAGGAGAAAGACGAGACUGGGAAUCCUGAAAUCCCAUGCUCUUGUUGCAGCAGGUUGAAGCUUUUUAAAUGCUACAUAGCGCCAAUCCAGUUUCAUGCCACUCCUAUUGCUCUCUCCCUAAUGACCACUCGAGAUACUUUUGUCUGGAAGAAGAUUUCUACCACUGGAGUCUCGCCUAUUCCUUGGGAUAGCCAUACCUGCUCUUCCUAUAAGAACUGUUUCGUUGUCAUGGGUGGCGAGGACAGUGGUAAUCCAGAAACAAUGGCAUGGUGGGAGCGACUGGUGUUUGGGCGACUUCGAAUCCCUCUGGUCCUGGGCCUUCUCCACGUUUCUCCCUUGCAGGAGAUUCCGUGGACGAAGAGUGAGGCAUAUUAUUCUUCUAUGAGGGAUGUAACGAAGAGCUUGAAGCUCUGGAUGACAUGUAUUUCCCUUUUAUUGACAUUGCUGCCAUUCUUGACAAUAUGGUUGCUGUUUUUCUGUGAAGAGAUGCUGAGGGAGAAAGAUCCAUCAGAACCAAAGCUAUCCAUGCAUAAGGAACUUAAGAGAAGGCGGCAAAAGUAUCGUGCCACGCCAUUCGUGCUAGACAAGCAACAGGAUGCGGAGAAGAGCUUGGUUUCAUCUCACGGAGGUAUCUGCGGAAAACCUUGGACCUCUCCAAUUUUUCCCUGUCAAACUCAUGCUACAGAGUUUCAAGCUCACGUUCAGCUGCUAGGCGAGAAGAUGUUUGAAGCUAGAGAAAGCGACGUAUUCAACUACGGAUACACGCUAGAAGCCUCCAUCAAUGGGAAACUCUUCCGUGGGCUGCUCUUCUAG